CUCUAAGCUGAGCUGGGCUGCGCCAGCACCUAUUGGGAAAAGCUUUGCAGGCAGCGCCCUGAACAAACCAGAAAAACAGCCCUCCUCUGCUCGGGAGCCCACGAUAGAGCUUGUCCCACCCGAUCUACCUUGCCGGAUCGAGGUCAGCCUUCCACAGCCAGAGUGCCAGCCACUCACCAGAGUCGCCCCUCCCCUCCCGGCCAGCCGCCCCAGGUCUUGCUGGCGCUGCCCAAGGUCUACCCGGCGCGCCUUGCCUGCUGGGUGGAGUGUAAGCCCAGGACGCUCCCUGCCCUGGACUCUGCACCUUUAGGUGCGUGAGUUCUGCCUCUCGGAGGAGCUGCACGGUCCUCUGCGGUUCCAUGGAAGGGGCCGGACCCCCGUCGACCAGGGAAGAGCUGGAACUUUCCUUGCUUGACCCGCAGCCGAACGAGCAGACGCCUCUCAGUGGCCUCCAAAUCCAGCCUUGCUCGGUCGAGGACCCCAGGCCAGCUCAGGCUACCAAAGAAAGUCCCUGGAGUUCCUGUAACAAGACAGUGGUUGGAAAGUGUAAACUGUGGAUGGUCAUUGCCUCCAUUUUCUUAGGUCUUAUUAUAGUGAUCAUCAUAGGCUUAUGUCUUACAGGAGUAACUUACAUUGAUGAAGAUGAAAAUGAAAUACCUGAAUAAUCAUAAAACAAAACAUUCUUCAUCAUGCUAAAGAUUCCAG